CCCAACCCCUUCAGGGAAAACGAUAGUACUGAGAGGGUGGGGAGGCAUGAGAUGGGCUUGGUUUUGCGGGAAAAGGGCACAUCAAACCAUGUAAACACUCUGCAUUAUUGAACCUUAGACGAACAACCGAAUUAAAAAGGCAAGUCUCUCUCUUUCUCUCUCUUUCUCUUUCUCCCUUGGGGUUGAGAAGUUGAGAAGUUGAAGUAAAGAAAGAGAGCGAAAAGCUCAAGUUAACUCAUUCAGACAGACCCAUGUUGGGGGUAUUGUCUUCUUAGCAAAACAUCAUCUCUCUGGCGCGCUCUCUCUCUUUCUCUAUCUCUACAGUAUUGUGCUCUCAUCCAGUAAGUCUUGAAGAUGCCCAGACCAGGCCCGAGGCCAUAUGAGUGUGUGAGGAGGGCUUGGCACAGUGACAGGCACCAACCCAUGAGAGGUUCCGUCAUUCAACAGAUUUUCAGGGUCGUCACUGAUACUCACAGCUCCGCCACUAAAAAGAACAGGGAAUGGCAAGAAAAGCUUCCUAUCGUCGUGUUGAAAGCUGAGGAAAUCAUGUACUCCAAAGCCAAUUCUGAGACCGAAUAUAUGGAUCUUGGAACUCUAUGGGACCGGGUGAAUGACGCCGUUAACACGAUAAUUCGGAGAGAUGAGAGCACUGAAACAGGAGAGCUUUUGCCGCCAUGUAUUGAAGCUGCUCUCAAUCUGGGUUGUGUUCCAGUAAGAGCGUCACGAAGCCAAAGGCACAAUAACCCAAGGAGUUACCUCACCCACAGAACACAAGAACCCACGUCUGUUUCUCCUAGAGGUUUGGAUAAUGCUGUCAGUGAACGAUGCCCUCAGUUACCGCCACCCAGUGUGGGCAAUCAACUAACCUUUGGAAGAUUGAACAUGGAUUCAACCCAUUUGGCUUCGGAUUCUGACAGACAUGUAACUCAGAAUAAUAGCCUAGCUACUACUCGUAAUUUCCAUUUUCCAUAUGAGAACAUCCCCCUUGGCGGCAACCAAUCCAUGACAGUGGAAACUAACACUCCAUUGAACUUUGGUUCAGUUUAUCCCUUGUAUUAUGGGACUCAUUUUCAAAAUGAAGAGUCCCAUUUAGGCUUCCAAAUGCCUGAAACUGCAAAUGCUAACAGUGUCUUUGUUGGCACACCAGUUGGGACAUCAAUUGCAGAGCCUUCUGAAAUGGGUAUCAUCUUGCAGAACUUAUUCUCCAGUGAUGGCACUGAAAAUGUUUUGAACAAAAACGCUCAAGAAAAUUUCAGGGGCACUUGUGGGAAGGAACCCGUGGCAGAAUGCGAUUUAUCCUUGAAGUUGGGUCUGUUCUCAGAUCCAUGUAUGAGAAAGGAAAAAUUUUCAGCACCUGACACUGAAGAUGUUGGUUCAAGUAGUUCUCAAGAGGGGGCUAAGGUUAGUGGUCUAUCUCCUGGGAAAAGCAAGGGGUUUUGUUUCUUUCCAAGUGAGACUGCUAAUAGCCCCUUUGGGUCCUGUUCGAAUAAGUGGAAUUCAGGGGAUGAAGGGCAGAAUAUGGAUGCAACAGUGAGGAAGCGUAAGGCACCCUUUAAUAAUGAUUUGGAGGGUGGGCAAUUUUUCUUGCCACCAGAGAUCCGAUCUGACCAUUUUACUGGUCGAAUUUAAAGGCCAGAUUUGAUCCUGAAUGACCUAAUCAACCCUCCUGUCAUUCACAAUUAUUUAGCAAUCCAGGAGCUGUAAACAAAUCUAAAUACUGUUAUAAUUCAAUCCAAAAACAGAUACAUUAUUCAAGUGAAUGAUCACCACUACUGUACCAGGACACUAAGACAGAACACAGAAAAUGUGGGAGAUUUAUAUGGAAGUCAAGAAAGAGAUGGCCAUGACCAAGAGCAUGGUGGUUACAGCACCAACGGUGAGAGAUGUGGCAGAUGAGAUGCUGAUGGUGACCUUCUGGCCAAGUGAGCAGUGUGGACCGAUGGUGCAGAUGAAGUACUGAGGCUCUGUAGAAUUCAGAGUAUAAUUUACUGGGCUUUUUGCUUGGACAUCAUUGGCUAAUACAUUGGUUGUGUUGCAGUUAUCAUAAACGUCCUUGGAUACCCUGGCCACGGUGUGUUCUCCAGUCCAAUUGAACACUAGAGAAAAUGAAAAAAAAGAAGGGAAAAAAAAUAUGCAGAUUAGGUGAGCAAGUAUGGAUGAAGGAAUGAUUUAAACUCUCUAAUCACAGAGACUCUAGACAAGCAGAAGAAAGCAUAAUAUUCCAAUUCAAUCCAUCUUCUACUGGUUUUAUUUGAUCUAUUGUAUGAUUAUCAUGAUGGAAGAGCUGUAAAGUUCUAGCUGAUUUCUACUGAGCAAGAAGGGAGGGACAACUGACCAAAACCUACAGAAUUCAGAGAGGACCCACAGAUAUCCAGUGCUUACCAAUGGUGUCGCCAAGCUUGAAAUCCUCUCCACUAGCCCAGGUCGUGUAUGCAGACUUGCCUUCAGCAGGAAUAGACCAUGAUAUAUUGCCUCCAACAUGGUGUGUAUCAGCUGCUGCUGCACCCUGGAGAAGAACCGCAACAACGAUCAAGCACCCGAUGAUUUCAACGCGAGCCGCCAUGUCCCUCUGUGUGUUCCGCAGGUCGCUCCUGAUUUCCAGUGGUGUAGUGUGUGAUGGGAUAAGGGAAAAAUGCAGUCCACAUACGCUUAUAUGCAAACUCGUAGAGAUGUUCAAAUUAAUCAAGCGUUUGACUGACUCCAGCUUUUGGCGUAUUCAGUGAGUACUUUUGGUUUUUCCCUUGUUACAAGGACGCGCUAUUAUGAAUAUGGUAUGCAAUACCUCCUCAGUAAACAGGUAACUGAAGUGGAACGGUGGAAAACUUUCUUCUAAACAAUACUAUUUUUCUUCUUUCAUGGUGUUUACGCUGAUAUAGAAAGGGGUUGAAUUGAAUGGGCUUCUUCUAGAUGCGAGAUGCUGUCUUUCAAACGAAGGGUCUGGUCUUAUACUGCUGGUAUUUUUUUUACUCCUAAUGCGGACUUGGUGGUCUGAAUGAUAUUAAAGUAUGUGGGAUGCAAAUAUUAUAUUUCGCUCUUGUCGUCGCAUCGAGAUGCCUGUUUAUAUAAUAAUCUUGACAGGGAAACGACUAGGAAGACGGAGAAAAAAGUUUGACAAUUCGUUUUUGAUGAUUAAUGGAGUAAGGUUUUAAAUUAA